UACAUUCCCGUCAUAAAAAGCCAAGAGACAAACAAGACGAACCGAAUUUAGGUGAGCCGAGACACAGAAUAUAACAUCUGCAGCAACUGAAUUUUGUUUUAUAUUUACAAAUUAUCUAUGAAUAUUGCAGGAGUCAAUAUUCAAUAUUGACUCUUGCAGGUCUUCUAUAGACUUUGCACCAGUGACAGUGAGAGCAUAAUUACAAAGUGGUUGCUCAUAAUGAGUGAAAAGCCUCCUGCACAGCGGCAGAUGAAUGUUGGGUCGCAGCUACUGACGGAGCAGGAGAACGAAUGCGUUUUCAGCUACCUUGGCAAGAAAUGCAUUACAUUGUCUACAGCAGUGGUCCAGGUGUUCACAGCGGACAAGAACAGCUGGAACAGCAAAUGCUGUGGUGUAGCCUGUCUGGUCAAAGACCACCCCCAGCAAUCCUAUUUCAUCAGAAUCUUUGACAAGGAGGACGGAAAGAUGAUGUUUGAACAGGACGUGGGCAGAAUAAAUCUCAUGCCCAACUUCCCCAAACCCUACUUCGUCUCAUUUGAGGGAGAUACUUGCCAAGUGGGUCUGAAUUUCUACAGUGAGGACGAGUGCAAAUGUUUCUACAGCCAACUAUUAGAGAUAAUGCCGGGAAGACAGCGGAAAAAUGCUACUUUCAGCAAUUCUUCGAAGACAAAAGACAGAGGAGGAAAGAAGAAGUUGACCAAAGCAGACACCAGCAUGCCAACCAACUUUCAGCACAUUGGUCAUAUAGGAUUGGAUACCAAUACAGGCUUUGAUGUGAACAACUUGGACCCAGAGUUGAAGAACCUGUUUGAUAUGUGUGGCAUCUCUGAGGCUCAGCUGAAAGACAAGGAGAUCAGUAAAAUCAUCUAUGAGUUCAUAGAAGAGAGAGGUGGACUAGAAGCAGUGAAGAAGGAACUAAAACAAUUGAGGCAAGUCCCUCCACACACUGCUCCUCUAAUAGAAGCAGAUGGAGGGAACACAGGGAAGUCGACACUGCCAAGUCAAGUCAGAGAAGGGACCCUGAAGGUGGAGCAGAAGAUCUCGCUAAUAUCUGACACCAGCAAUCGUCCAUCUGAUGAUAGUACAUGUCAGUCUGGUCCUACGCUACUCGAGGCUACGGGAGACAUUAAAAGCCCACAGAUCAAUGACUCUCAGGUGAACAACACUGUUUACUCUACCUCCCCUAAGAGGGAGACAGAGGGCAGCAGAAGGCAGUGGGAGGGUGGCACAACAAGCAACUUCCGGCUCCCUGGUAAUGUAGGAUGGGCUCGAAACCCAGGCUUUGAUCAAAUUAACCGGGAGCUGAAGAACCGGUUUGGUAUGACCAGCACCUCUGAGGCUCAUCUGAAAGAGAACGAGACCUCUAAGCCCAUCUCUGACUUCAAACAGAAGAAAGUAGUAGAAGCAGUGAAGGAGGAACUACAGAGACAAGGUCCCUCUGUGCCCCCACUGCCCCUUCUAAGGCAAAGAUCUCUUCUACGACCAUCAUCAUCAGUUCCAUCCAAUUGUGGAGCACCACCUCCUCCCCUUCCUCCUCCAGUCCCUCCACACACUGCUCCCCUAAUACAAGCUUAUGGAAUGAACACAGGACAACAUCCAGACAGCAACAUUGCAAAAUUAAGGACACGUCCUACGCUACUUGAGGCCACGGGAGACAUUAAAAGCACACAGAUCAAUGACUCUCAGGUGAACAACACUGUUUACUCUACCUCCCCUAAGAGGGAGACAGAGGGCAGCAGAAGGCAGUGGCAGGGUGGCACAACAAGCAACGUCCGGCUCCCUGGCAAUAUAGAAUUGGGAGCUCGAAACCCAGGCUUUGAUCAAACUAACCGGGAGCUGAAGAACCGGUUUGAUAUGACCAGCACCUCUGAGGCUCAUCUGAAAGAGAACGAGACCUCUAAGCCCAUCUCUGACUUCAAACAGAAGAAAGUAGUAGAAGCAGUGAAGGAGGAACUGCAAAGACAAGGUCCCUCUGUGCCCCCACUGCCCCUUCUAAGGCAAAGAUCUCUUCUACGACCAUCAUCAUCAUCAGUUCCAUCCAAUUGUGGAGCACCACCUCCUCCCCUUCCUCCUCCAGUCCCUCCACACACUGCUCCCCUAAUACAAGCUUAUGGAAUGAACACAGGAAAGUCGACACUGCUGAGUCAAGUCAAAGAAGGGACCCAGCUAAAGGUGGCGCAAGAAAACUUGCCAGUAUCCAACACCAGAAGUCCGUCUAAUGAUUACGCAUAUCAAUCUGAUCCUACGCUACUGAAGGCCACGGGCAACAUUAAAAGCCCACAGAUCAAUGACUCUCAGGUGAACAACACUGUUUACUCUACCUCCCCUAAGAGGGAGACAGAGGGCAGCAGAAGGCAGUGGGAGAGUGGCACAACAAGCAACGUCCGGCUCCCUGGCAAUGUAGAAUUGGGAGCUCGAAACCCAGGCUCUGAUCAAAUUAACCGAGAGCUAAAGAACCGCUUUGGUAUAAACAGCACCUCUGAGGCUCAUCUGAAAGAGAACGAGACCUCUAAGCCCAUCUCUGACUUCAAACAGAAGAAACUAGUAGAAGCAGUGAAGGAGGAACUGCAAAGACAAGGCAAAGAUCUCUUCUACGACCAUCAUCAUCAGUUCCAUCCAAUUGUGGAGCACCACCUCCUACCCUUCCUCCUCCAGUCCCUCCACACACUGCUCCCCUAA